GUUCCAGAUGUGCCAGGAAUUCCAGGUGUGCCAGGAGUUCCAGAUGAGCCUGGUGUUCCAGAUGUUCCAGGAGUUCCAGAUGUGCCAGAGGUUCCAGACGUGCCAGGAGUGCCAGGAGUUCCAGCUGUACCAGGAAUGCCAGAAAUACCAGGAGUUUCAGCUGUACUAGGAGUGCCGGAAGUUCCGGGGGUACUUGGUGUUCCAGGUGUAUCAGGAGUUUCAGACGUGCCAGGAGUUCCAGGCGUACCAGGAGUUUCGGCGUGCCAGGAGUUUCAGGCGUGCCAGGAGUUCCAGGCUUGCUAGGAGUUCCAGGCUUGCCAGGAGUUCCAGGAGUUCCAGGUGUGUCAGGAAUGCCAGGAGUUGCAACUGUGCCAGGAGAGCCAGGAUUGCCAGAAUUUUCAUUCGUACUUGGAGUUC